UUAUUGUUCAAGAACCCACAAUCAAAAAUAGAUUUUGGUUGAUCUUGAAAUCCGUAAAUGGAUUUUUAAUUAAAUGUCUUAUUUUAAUUAAACAUUUGCUUUAAGAAUUAAUAUCCGCUUGCAAUUAACUAACAUAAUCAUAUAUAAAGCAAGAAUUUUGUAUUAUUUGGUAGUCAAUUAUAGUAGAAGUAAAAAUGAAAACAUUCGUGGUUUUAUUUUCUCUGUUGGCACUCACAAAUGCCGUGUCCAGAGAAUUUGUGGAAAAUUUUAUGAAUAAACUACAGGAAGUUGGGGAAAAGUGCGCAGAGGAAACCAAUGCAACUGACGACGACGUAGCUGCAUUAAUUGCCCAUACGAUGCCCGAAUCCCACAAUGGAAAAUGUAUGAUUUUGUGUUUUAAUGUUGCUUUUCAUUUGCAAAAACCUGAUGGCACCCCAGAUAAAGAAGGUUCAAUUGCCUCGUUGGAACCUCUAAAAGCGGACGAUCCAGAAAUGCACGCCAAAGUUCUGAAAAUAUUUAUGACCUGCGGCCAAAAAACUGCGGUUGAUGCAGAUCCUUGUAUGACGGCUGCUCAUUUAGCCGAAUGUGCGACAUUAGAAGGAAAAGCAGCUGGUUUAUCGGCAGACAUGUUCGAGGUAUAGAAGACUCAAUUUUCCUAACUAAUCCGCAUUUUAUCUGGAUACUAUCAUAUUUUAAUCUAUAUGUAUCUAUACAUUUUGUUUUUUAAUAAUAAAAA